AUGAGUUCUCUAAAACGGAAGGAUGCGCCGUCCACCAAUUCCUCCACGCAAAACGUGAAGCCUGCCACAGACACGAGGCCCUCGAAGAAGGCGAAAUCAGACAAGCCAGGCAAGAGCGAGGAGUUCAAGAAAGGCUCGAAAACCACUGACAAGACUCCCUCAUCUGGCCCGGCAAUUGCGACCAUCAAGGAUGAAGAGCCAUUGUUCCCUCGAGGCGGCGGCAGUGUUCUGACACCUCUCGAGCACAAGCAAAUCACCAUUGAGGCCAAACGUGAUGCGCUCUUUGAGGAAGAAUUCGGCAAGUCGGCCAAGACUGGAAGCAAGGACUCAAAGAAAAAGAGGCGCAAGUCGUCCACAAAGGAUGCUGAAGGAACGCGCAAAUCAACCCGCGACGAGGAUGCUGUCAAGAUCGAAGGUCUGAACUAUAAGCGACUUGUAAAGGGCUCACUGGUUCUUGGCCAAGUUUGCGAGAUCAAUGACCUUGAUGUUGCUUUAGCUUUACCGAACAACCUUGUCGGCCAUGUCUCCAUUGCAGCCAUUUCACCAGCCCUCACAAAGCGAAUUGAGGAAGCCGCCGCUUCCGACGACGCCGACGCCGACGCCGACGCCGACAACUCACCUGACGACGACAUUGAUACGAAGGAAUUAUUCGACAUUGGGCAAUACCUCCGUGCUUAUGUUGUGUCGACGAUGGAAGACUCGUCUGCACUGCCAAGCAAGGCGAAGAGGCGCAUAGAGCUGUCUCUCCGGCCAGAGGACGCCAAUUCGACUCUGUCUCAGCAAGAGCUGGUCACGAACAGCACUGUCAUGGCAUCCAUUGCGAGCGUGGAAGAUCACGGUUACGUUAUGGAUAUUGGCAUUGCAGGCUCUAACAUAACCGGGUUCAUGCCAAAGAAGGAGGUUGAUCCCAGCAUCUCCGAGGGCCGGUUACAGCCAGGCAACGUGUUCUUGUGCAUCUCCACAGGCUUGAGUGCGAACCGAAAGGUGGCUCAAUUGUCUACGAAGAGCGACAAGCUGGGCAGCUGCAAGAACUUUCCGUCCGAGGCAACUACGAUCAACACCUUUGUCCCUGGGACUGCCGUCGAGGUGCUUGUGUCUGAAAUCACUGAACGUGGUCUCAUUGGGAAGGUCCUAGGUCAUCUUGAUGCCACGGCCGAUCACAUCCACUCGGGUAUAGGGCCAAAUGGUACAGACCUCGCAGCCAAGCAUAAGGUCGGGUCAAAACUCAAAGCGAGGAUCAUUUGCACGUUUCCGGAAGCGAAGAAGCCAAAACUGGGCAUCUCGAUUCUGGAACAUGUCAAAUCUUUGCAAGGUGUCAGCGCCAAGGUUGGUGACGAAGGAAAGAGCCCUCUGGAGGCGCUGCCUAUCUCUUCAUUUGUCGAAGAAUGCGUUGUCAGACAAGUCGAGACCGACAUUGGUCUCUUUGUUGACGUGGGCAUCGAGGGGAUCCCUGGCUUUGUCCAUAUCUCUAGAGUUAAGGAUGGAAAAGUCGACGGCCUAUACGAGUCCAGCGGUCCGUUCAAGGUGGGAUCCAAGCACCGGGGCCGCGUCGUUGGAUACAACGCCUUUGACGGGUUCUUCUUGCUUUCGUUUGAGAAGACGGUACUUGACCAGCCCUUUCUGCGCGUCGAGGAUGUGCCAGUAGGAGGCGUCAUUAACGGUGUCGUGGAAAAGCUUGUCAUCGGCGAGAAUGGUGUUCACGGCCUCAUCUUGAAACUUGCGGAGGGCAUAUCAGGGCUGGUCCCUGAGAUGCAUCUUUCCGAUGUUCGUCUGCAACACCCCGAAAAGAAGUUUCGAGAAGGCAUGAAGGUCAAGGCGCGAGUCCUGUCAACCAACCCAUCCAAGCGUCAACUCCGCCUCACUUUGAAGAAGACCUUGGUAAACUCGGAUGAGAAGCCUAUCAAGUCAUUUGAUGACGUUUCGGUCGGCAUGCAGGUGCUGGGAACAAUCAUGAACGUCCUCCAGAAUGGCGCUGUUGUCCAAUUUUAUGGCCAUUUGCGCGGAUUUCUUCCCCUAUCCGAGAUGAGCGAGGCAUACAUCAGCGAUCCCAAGGAGCACUUCCGCCAGGGCCAGGUUGUCAACGUGCAUGUGAUCGAUGUCGACGCCGAGACCAACAGACUCGUCGUGUCUUGCAAAGAUCCUGCAGCGUUCGGCAUGGACAAGCAAUUGGCCCUCAAGAAGCUCAGCGUUGGUGAUCUUGUUUCGGGCAAAGUUAGCCAAAAAACCGAAGACGACAUCUACGUGGAGCUAAAUGACAGUUUGCUGAAGGCGGUUCUUACCGUCGGCCAUCUGACAGACAAGUCUGCUGCCAAGGAUCGAGCCGCGCUCAAAAGGAUACACGUGGGGCAAAACUUGAACGAUCUGGUGAUUCUGGAGAAAAAUGAAGGCCGUCGGGCGCUCACAGUGACCUCAAAGCCGAGUCUGGUUGCUGCAGCGAAGGAGGGCAAACUCCUUUCGAAUUGGGAGAAGGUCAAAGCUGGGCAGCUGGUUCAUGGAUUUGUUCGGAACAUCACUCCUACAGCCGUCUUCGUGCAGUUCGGUGGCAACUUGACUGCCCUCCUUCCGGCAGCCAUGAUACCCCAAGAGCAGCAGAAAGAACAGGACUUUGGCAUGCACAAGCUGCAGUCAGUAUCCGUUAAGAUCGUGUCUGUCGACCGGGAUCAUACUCGAGCGGUCGUUGCUAUUCCAUCGGUUGCGGAUGCAAAGGAAGAACGAUCUAGCAAACCCAGCACUGCUGCAAAGUCUGUUGAGAACCCCGUCGAUGAUUCGAUUCAGACCGAAGAAGACAUCGCUGUGGGCAAGAUCACAAAGGCCAAGAUUGUGUCUAUCAAGAGCACACAGCUCAACGUGCAGCUUGCUGACAAUAUUCAAGGCCGUGUGGACGUAUCGCAGGUGUACGACUCCUGGGACAAGAUUGGGAACCCAAAGAACCCUCUACAGAAGUUCAAGCCGAAACAAGUCAUCAAGGUCAGAGUUCUCGGCGUCCAUGACGCAAGGAAUCACCGCUUCCUCCCCAUCUCACACCGUUCGACACAUGCCUUGAUCGAGCUGUCUGCCAAGCCAAGCGACUUGAAGGAAGAAGGGGAGCUUGAGAUGCUGUCGCUAAGCCAGAUCGAAGCUGGAUCUGAGUGGACAGGAUUCGUCAACAACAUCAAGACGAAUUGCCUCUGGAUUAACCUAUCGCCAUCUGUCCGUGGUAGGAUGGCCAUCAACGACGCGUCCGAUGAUCUGUCUCUGCUCAGCAACCCAUCUGGAAGCUUUCCUGUCGGCUCUGCAAUGCAGGUGCGAGUGAAGGCAGUGGAUGCGUCCCAGAACCGUCUCGACCUUACAGCUAGGACCUCCAACUCGUCGAACGCAAUCACAUGGGACACCAUUAAGAAAGGGUUGGUCUUGCCUGGCAAGAUCACCAAGCUCAGCGAUCGUUAUGUCAUGGUGCAGUUGAGUGAAGAUGUCUCUGGACCGGUUCAUCUCGCAGACCUCGAAGAUGACUACGACGAAGCGAAACCCAAGAAGUUUGCCAAGAACGAGAUCAUCAGAGUUGCAGUCGUUGACGUCGACGCAAGCAACAAGAAGCUGCGGCUCUCCACCCGUCCAUCGCGUGUACUCAGCUCCAACCUGCCAGUCAAGGACCCGGAGGUCACAACUGUCUCUGCUCUCGAGGCUGGUGAGAUAAAGCGAGGCUUUGUCAAGAAUGUUGCCGAUCAGGGUCUCUUCGUCAAUCUUGGCGGCCACGUGACAGCGUUUGUCAAGAUCUCUGACUUGUCCGAUUCGUUCUUGAAAGACUGGAAGCAGAAUUUUCGGGUUGACCAGCUGGUCAAGGGCCGUAUCAUUGCAGUUGAUGUGGCUGCUGGGCAGGUGAACAUGAGCCUGAAAUCUUCCAUCGUCGAUAACGAGUACGUGCCUCCAAAGACUCUGUCUGACUUCACCGAGGGUCAAGUGGUCACCGGCAAGGUGCGUGGGGUUGAAGAGUUCGGCGCUUUCAUCGUGAUUGAUGGCACUGCAAAUGUCAGUGGUCUAUGUCACAGAAGUGAGAUGGCAGAGAAACAUGUGAAAGAUGCCAGGAAGCUGUACAGCCCAGGUGACGUUGUCAAGGCUCGCAUCAUGAAGAUUGAUCUCGAGAAGAAGAAAAUCAGCUUCGGUCUCAAGCCGUCUUAUUUCGAGGAUCAAGAUUCGGACGAGGACAUGGACGAUCUGGAUGAAGAUGCUGGAGCUCUUCUUGGCUCUGACGAGGACGACAGCGAUGACGACCAAGUGUUCCAGGAUGCCCCUGAAAUUAUCAUUCGGGGCACUGACAAUCAGACCGAUUCCUCCGAGGGUGAGGACGAGGAUGAUGAGAUGGCGGAGCCUGGCGAUGACGAGGGCCUGGAUGCUGGUGGUUUCGACUGGUCUGGUGGAGCCCUUGAUGCCGCAGCUGAUAACCUUGAUGCUGAGUCCGACAAUGGCGACAGCAAAGACAAGAAAAAGAAGAAGCGCAAGCCAGAGAUCCAGGUCGACCGCACAGCCCAACUUGACGCCAAUGGCCCGCAAACGGCAAGCGACUUUGAGAGGCUCUUGCUGGGACAAUCGGAUUCGUCCGAUUUGUGGAUACAGUACAUGGCCUUCCAUCUACAAGUCAGCGAACCCGCAAAGGCUUGCGAGAUUGCUGAGCGCGCCCUCAAGACGAUCAACAUCCGCGAGGAGGCAGAGAAGCUCAACGUCUGGACUGCUUACCUGAAUAUGGAGAACGCUUACGGCACUAACGAAACCCUUGACGAGGUCUUCAAGCGGGCUUGCCAGUACAACGACGAGCAGGUGGUUCACGAACGUCUGUCCACCAUUUACAUCAAGACUGGCAAACACGAUAAAGCGGACGAGCUCUUCCAAACCAUGACCAAGAAGUUUGGCGCCAAGUCUCCUACUGUGUGGACUAACUACGCACACUUCUUGCACAACACUAUUGAAGACCCCGAGCGUGCCCGUGCUCUCCUGCCCCGUGCGACGCAGGCGCUGCCUUCACAUACGCACGUCUCGCUGAUGACCAAAUUCGCGGCUCUCGAGUUCCGCUCCACAAGUGGCGACCAGGAGCGCGGGCGGACAAUGUUUGAGGGGUUGUUGGCUGCGUACCCCAAGAAGUUUGACCUUUGGAACCAGCUGCUGGACCUUGAAAUCUCCGCGUACGCCACCGCCCAGAAACAAGGCAAGGAGGCCGACGCUACGGCGGUGCGAGGUGUAUUUGAGCGUGGGCUCAAGAUGAAGGGGCUGAAGCCACAUAAGGCGAAGGGUUGGUUCCAGCGGUGGGCCAAGUGGGAAGAAGGGAACGGCAAUGCCAAGAGUCGCGAGAAGGUCAGUGCCAAGGCGAAGGAGUGGGCAAGAGAGGCCGAGGCAAGGAAGAAGGCUGCGAAUGCGGACGGGGAUGAGUGA